UGCUGGACAGUUUGAGAUGUGUUGUUUUUUAUUUGGCUUCGCCGGUGAGAAGGAGCUGCACUGCACCAACAUCGAAUAUUUCCCAAAGGAAGAAUACAGCCCUGACCCGAACGACUCGACAAUGGCAAUUCCAUAUGCGGUUACGAGGUCAGCGUUUUUCUUCAUAAUUGCAACACUUCUUCUCUUCUGCGGAGAGUUCUCUUGUAUCUACGGACAUUUUCAUAGAAGCCGCAGGAUUUACACUUUUGUAUCUGGAGUUAUUUUCAUAAUAUCAGGCUUACUGAUGUUGAUUGGACUUGUGAUGUACAUAUCAAUUUUCAAGGCGGAAAUCGGCGGAAAAUUGAGGCCCAGGUCUCAGCUACAACCUCCACAAUUUACAUUUGAAUACGGCUACAGUUUUCUUCUAUAUGUAAGUGGAUUCAUGUCGAUCGAAACGGCUGGCACUUGCGCAGUCUUUCUUUACAUAUACUGGCAUCAGAGGGACUGGGGGAAAAAAACACUUGAGAUGACAAUGAUGAACCACCACCAUCGAAAAUUGUCUUCGUCAUCGGCUCUUCUACCAGACCAACAUAUCUACUCUUCUGGGAUUCUCUACCCAUGCAGAAGGCAUCCCCAGUACUCUCAGCCGAUCAUGGGCAACCACAUUACACAUGUAGACCGUGCUUCGCCUGCACACCAUCAACGUAGACUGUACCUAGAACAGGGUGACUCAGAAGAAUCACCUCCUCAGACCCCUCGUCAGGUUGGUGGGUCCUGUGUGGGUGUAUGUCUGGUACCUCAUAAUCAGAAGGUGAGCAAUGUUUCAUCGACAUAUUACGCAUACCCAGAUGAUGCAUACCAUCCUUCCGAGCUUGACGCCGAGAUGCCUCCUAGACCUUGGGACCUGCCUCGAGAUUUGACAAAUCACACCGUAUCGACAACCGCCGAUAUAAAUUCUUGCGAAGAUAUCGGCGAUUUUUCCCCGCACCCCGAAUUCGUCACGUUCGAUUUGGAUGAAGUCCCGCCGCUCAGGAUCCCAUCGGAGCAAAGGUCCAGAAGUGAUUUCGACUCGUUGCGAAGGACGACGCCUGUCUAGCACAUGCCUCCGCCACAUCGACACUACACAGUCAACUGCUGCAUAUUAUACAGGCUGGCAGAUCAGUUGGACCAAUAGUGAUUUUGCUCAAUCUGUUCCAGUCAAUUCUUCACGUUAAACAUUUUGUCUUUGAUUCACUUAAACAAGCAUUGAGAUUUUUUGACACAUGGGACCACAUACGUUUCCCUAAUUAUUUAAUCUUGUUUUGUGACCAUUGGCAAGGAUUUGAUUUCACAAAAAUAAACAAUUUUGUGAUUUCAUUUACGAUAAAAUGAAUCUAAAACAAUUUCUGUCUUGGUUAACUAUCAACCCAAAGUCCAGGUAACAAUUUUAUUCCAAGUUUGUUACAAAACUUACGUUGACAAACCAGCAUAGUUUUUUUUUCUUUUUUUAUUCUUGUCUUUUGAACUGAUUGGCAAUUUCUUCAACAAAUUGUGUACUGUCGGUGUGACGAUUGAUAAUACCUCAUUUUAUUGAUAAUAUUGGACAAUUUAAAUUUAUAAUGGUAAAGAAAAAAGUUAAAUAUUCCAUUUGUAAGUUGAAAUGAUUUCUUAGAAAGCUGAAAAUCAUACUAGGUUGGAACAGUUUACAAAAAAGUAAUAAGGAGAAAUUACACUAAGUAUAAUAGAAUAGGAAUGUUGUUACCUGAAUAGUGAACUAGGAACUGCUUUAGAUCAAAAUCAAAUUAGGUUGAUAGACAGAAAUUUUAUUAUAAAUAAUUUUUUGAUAGGACUAUUUGUUAAAACUGCCUGCUCACGUUAGUAGUAUUAAACAAUAAAGACAUAUAGGUUAUUCUUGCCAUAAAUAUAUAUUUUACAUCAGAUCAAUGUGAUAUAUGCAUUUCAAAUUGAUAUAAUAAAACAGUAUUUGAUUUAAUAAACAUAUAAAAAAAUAAUGAAAGACGUGUUUAGUAGAUUAAUAAAGAUAGUGAUGCGUAUUUAAAUAAUGUUUAUGUAAAGGUUAUGCUAGUGUAGAACAUUUCUGAUGGUCAAAUGGUGUGAACAUUUGAUAGGAAAUUCACUAAUUUCGUGGUCCGCUUGACCAAUUAAUAUAUUACAAUUAAUUAAGGUUUUUAG